AUGUGCAUUGUCAAGUUGCUUCCGAAAAGUGGGCGCCGUCUCGAUGUCGACCAGGAAACCCUGUCCGGCUCCCGCAAAGCCAAUGACAAUCUCUCGGAGAUCACCUGCGUUGUUGAUGACAGUGCCAGAGUCAACGAUUACCGAGAUUCAGCCUUCCUUGUCUUCCCCAGGUCCUUCCAGAUUCUUGCUAGACUCGGCAAGUGGUUUGCGGAGUGUGGCCCGGGUGACAUGUGGAUCGCGAGGGCCAACUGA